AUGAGAUCAACACAAGCACAACAAGAAUUCACAGAAGCACACCAGCAAGCAAGUAUUGGUUAUUAUGGAUCUGGUGACAUUUUGGAAGAAAUUAAUAGAAUAAGAGAAGAUUCACCAUGUAAUUUCUCUUUGAAAGAUGCAACUUAUCAUGAAUCUUAUUCUUGUUUGUCAUUGGAUAGCGGUGUUUCCGCAUUCUAUAACAUGAUUACUGAUAUACAAGUACAAUAUCAAUCAACAACAAUGUUGAGUGAUACAGCUUUUAUUAAUACUUUUCACUUUUUAAAUGCACAUUUAUAUCCACAGAUGGAAGAAGUCAUUGAUUUGUUGUUGGAUCAAGCAGAUAAAACUGAUGAACAACAAGAUAUGUUUGUAACUGUUUUGGCAUCUUCAGGAACAUUUUUGACUUUUAUUACUUUGUUCUUCGCUAUCUAUAGAUAUUGGUUUAUGAGAAUGACUUAUAAAACAAUGAUAGAAUUCAUACUAAGAGUUCCUCCCGUUGAUGCUGUAAAUAAUGAUGAUUUGAUGAUGAUUUUGUUGAAUAGAAAAAUCUCUCAAAAACUGGCGAAAAUGUCAGAAACAGCAACUUUACUUGCAAACACUUCUCAUCCAUUAAUAUUCACAACAAGUGAUGGAGUUAUUGUUAAUGUGAAUUCAUCAUUCCAGAUUGUAUUUACUUAUGAAAUCUCGCAUAUUAUUGGUCAAAAUAUUGCGAUGAUUACUGAUGUUGAUAAACUCCAAAAUGUCUUCCAUUACAAUGAAAUGAAAUCUAAACUAAAUCAUGGAGGAAAUGGAAAAUCUAAUAGACAAUCAUUAGUCACUAAAAAUGAUGAAAAUGCUCAUAAUUCACAAACAAUUGUUUUCGAUAAUAUUUCUGCAAAAUUCAGAAAAGAAAACGGUCAAGAAAUAGAAUGCGAUGUUUUACCAAUUUUGACGAAUUCACAACACAGCAAGAACUCAUUGUUUGCUUUUGUUUUGACUGAUUUUUCAACUGUUCUCGCGAAACAGAAGAAGAUAGGAAUCCUCAAAGGAGGAAAUGAUAAUUUACAAAACAAUUUAAGACCUCCUAUAUUAAAUAAUGAAAAUCAUAGUUUGACAUUGAAUGAUUGCUCGAUUUGCACAAUGAGAUUAGUUCAAUUUUCCAACUCUUUGGCUCCAACAGCUGUUAUGAAACAAAGGAAACAGAUAUUAGAUAAAAUUGAUGAGAAUUUGAAGAAAUACGAAACACUGCAAAGAUUGUUUUUCGCUCAAGGAAUGUAUUGCAUUAUCUCCUCAAAUAAAAAUGCUCCGAUGGAUAUAUUUAGGUAUAUUGAUGAUGUUUUGAGCAGUUUCGAUGAUCCGACAUUCUUUGGAGAGAUAACAAUUGGUGUUGACACAAAUCAGUCAAUAAAUAUUUGUGAAACAAAAGGAGAUGUUAAAGAAAUUGCUUGUGUCGGAGAGUUGUUUGACAAAGCAAGUAGACUGUCAAUGAUUGGUGAGUCAGGAAUGGCUUGUAUCACUGAGAAUGUCUACAACCAAGUUGCUUCAAUUGGAGCAAAGUUUGUUAGUAAGAAAGAUCCAAUAAUUGGAAGCUACUACUCAGUAGAACCAAUUGAAAGAUAA